GGCAAGUAGUGAGCGGCUUUCGACAACCUUGAUGGUCAUGUCUGGAAUGUGCCAAGGGUGAUCUCUCCAUAGAAUAGACCACUGACAUGACAGAUUCGGAUAAGCACCAAUGUUCUAUCCUGGAACGAGCGCGGAAACGAAUGAGGGAUGAAGAAGACAAACCAUUUGAUGUGCAGAAGAAACCCUUGGCGCUGUCGCUAGACGAAGAACCCUGCCCGGAUAAUAAAUCACAUUACAAGAGACUCAAGACAGAUAGUGGAGCUUCACUUGAUCCCAACGGAGAAGAACGUAAAUUCUGCCUUGAAUCUAGAGCAAUCCUAGAACGCUCGUCGACUGAAUUCAUAGAUUUGACGCAAGAGGACGGCAGCCACGCAGGGAUCACUGACAGUCCGCCAAAGAGCUUCGCUCGAAGUCGAUCACAUAUCAUCGGUGGAUACCAAGAGUUCCCAAGAAGAGGAUCCACCCGAAAAUCUCCAUUCUCCAAUGCAAGUACGACCUCUCCGAUCAAGCAGAGGGAAUCUCAAUCGUCAUAUAGAUUACACAAGAAAAGAACCUCAGGGAAUUCCUCUGAAGACAAGACAGCGACGAAUGAUUUGUUUACUGGUCGCACCGCCGUUUUUCUCGAAUGCAACAUCUGCCCACUGCGAUUGAAGGCACUCAAGGCGCGAUGGGAAGAGAAGGGAGGAUUCUGUUCGGAUGUGUUGACAGACAAGGUCACCGUAUUAAUUGCAGAAAUUCCAUUGCAACAUGUGGUCAGUGCUUUGGGUAUCUCCGUAUUGCCGCAAUCAGCGGUAGUCGUUCGACCCGAUUGGAUAUCCCAGUCUAUUAUCGCCAAUAGGCUCCUAGAUACGUCUCCAUUCAUUGUCCCUGAGGCGGAAGUUGAGAAGUCACACGACAGCGACCAUACGAGUGAUGCGACUGAAAUUGUUGAGACCGAUGAAGAAGAACAGCCAAAUUCUUUGCAGAGCAACACCUCACCGGCGUUACUGCUGGACAGAAUAAUGCAGAAUAUGAAGGACGGUCUCGAUGACCAAGAGGAGGAUGAGACCGAGACAUGGGAGGUGGAAUCGUGCCCAAAAGAUGAAGAAGUCUGGGAAAUUGCCUCCGCGGGCAGCUCCGAUGAUGAAUCUAAAAUAGAUGUUAAAGCAAAAUCACCUGUGGAUUUUCCUAGAAAGAAGAUCCGAAACCAGGAUCGCUUUCUUUGCAUGCAAAAAAAUGGGCGUGCGCUGCUCGAUGCGAACAACCAGAAUUCACAUCUAACGGAUCUGCUUGAGGUUGUCAUGCGUCGGCAUGAAGCAGAAGGCGAGCAUUUCCGUGUUCUUUCUUAUCGGAAGGCUAUCCAGACUUUGAAACGCCAUCCCAGUCGAAUUGAAAGCGGCGCAGAAGCUAAAAGAAUAUUUGGCAUAGGCGGAAAGAUUGCCGACAAGAUUGAUGAGAUCCUCAAGACUGGCCGACUGCGGAAGGCAGAAGUUGUCCCAGAGAUGCUGCCUGUGCUAGCGUUGUUCCAAGGGGUUCAUGGUUGUGGGAUCCAAGUCGCGCGACGAUGGUACGCCCAAGGAUGCCGGACGCUCGACGAUGUGCGUAAAAAGGUCCAAUUGACGCAUGAUCAGAAGUUAGGAUUAGAGUAUUACCACGAUCUGCAAGAGAAAAUGCCCCGGUCUGAAACGGAAGCCAUCGGUAGCAUCGUACAAGCAGAAUGCAAAAUGAUCGACCCAAACUUCCAGUGCACUAUUCUGGGUUCCUAUCGGCGCGGGCGACCCAUGUGCGGAGACGUGGAUAUUCUCGUAACCCAUCCUGAUAACAUGAGCCACCGUACAAUUCUCGGACCCCUCGUCCACCGUCUCCGAUCCACACAACUCAUCAUUGGCGAGUUCCACUCUCGCAGUGCGAUGAAUAAAUAUGACAACGCGACGUCUUGGAUGGGAAUCUGUCGGCUUCCUGGGGCGCCAAAAUGUCGCCGGUUAGACAUUUGGGUUACACCUUUCCAAGAGGUGGGCGCCGCACUGUUGCAUUACACUGGAAAUGAUAUUUUCAACCGUUCCAUGAGGAAACUGGCAGGUUUACAGGGAAUGCGACUGAGUCAGCAUGGUCUAUUUGCCAAUGUCAUGCGGGGCAAAGGCGGAGCAAAAGUCACCGAAGGGAGAAGGAUAGCGGGAAGCACAGAGGAGGAGAUCUUUAAGGCGUUGGGUGUUCCCUAUCGCCCUCCAGAAGAGAGAGAUUGUUGAGAUUGCGAUGUUAAUUUUUUGGAACCUAAUAAGCAAAGUAAUAGUUAUAGCAGUAUUAUUAAUGUACCUUAUGUGCAAAUUAUG